UUUAAAAAAGUGGAGGAUUGGGGGAGAAAAGGUACAAGCUUUUUUAGGGGUGCCCGCAUUCCAUGGUUGAACGAAUGGCUGCAACGCUCCUCAGAGCUCUACCCCUUCUUCGCGUCCGACUACUCCACCAACAUCAUUUUCGACUCACAGCCGGGUCAAUAACACGUCGGCCCUGGUGCAGUGCCGCCGAGUCAGCUCCGACUGACAAGAACUCAUCCUCUUCGAGCCAGAUCAACACUGGACUGAGCGCUGAAGACCCCAAGUACUCAAAAUGGGACGACUCCGAUUUCCGAAAAUGGAAAGAGAAAGAAGCAGAAAUUCUGGAAGAUAUCGAGCCCAUUAUUUGCCUCACCAAAGAAAUCCUCCACUCUGAUAGGUAUAUGGAUGGUGAACGUCUUACUGCAGAAGAUGAGAAAGCUGUGGUAGAUAAGCUUCUCUCUUAUCAUCCUCAUUCGGAAGAUAAGAUUGGAUGUGGAAUUGAUUCAAUUAUGGUUGAUCGACAUCCUCAAUUCAAAUGUUCAAGGUGCCUCUUUGUUGUAAGAACGGAUGGUGGAUGGAUAGACUUCUCUUACCAGAAGUGUCUUCGAGCCCACAUUCAGGAUGAGUACCCUUCUUAUGGGGAAAGAUUUAUAAAAGAGCAUUUUAAACAUAGUAGUGGAUGAAUUCUUUAAGACAGCUUCUCCUAAUAAUUACAUUGAAGUUUUAACCAUGACUUUUGCACUGGCGAGAGCUUAAAUGAUUUUCAAGAUGGACAGGUACCAUCUAAAUGUAAAGAUUUUUCCUUUUUUCCUUUUUUUUUUUUUUUUUUUCCCAAUUUUAUGCUUGAGUACGAUUUACUUCCCUGAAGAAACUUAUUGCUAUGGCAUGGCUGCUGUUGAGUGUUGACUAAGUAGAUCAUUGCUGGUGGAUGCAUUUUCCCAAUUUUUGAGGCUGAAUAUAUUGUGGAUACCUUGUUAGAAGUAACAAUAGCCCACACUGUUUAGCAUUAUUCAAGCGAGUCCAUGAAGUCGAGGUUUAUGGGUUCUUUGUCUGGGAUUUUGAUGGACUUUGGCUUUCCAGAAUAAUAGUACAAGACAAUUGUCGUGAAAUGUCGAAUUACAUGCCAAAUAACUUGUGGAAGACAUCAUUUAGAUCAUGAUAGAGGUUAGGGAUAACAAACACUGGAUUUAUAUGUUCAAGUUGAAAUCCUUAACUUCAGUCUUCGUCUCUGAAAAAUCAAGGGUGUGUGUCAUUGGUGAACCUUUAAGAAGAGAAGAAGCGUAUGUUUCCAUUGAGUCAAGAGUUGCUACAAACACAUUUUAUCAUUUACAAUCAGACUAUACAAAGAAUAAGUAAUCAGUCUUCGAUUGCCUUCCCUUGCAA